UGCCCCAUCAUUGGUGUCAGUGGGAGGAAUAGUGCCCCGUCAUUGGUGUCAGUGGGAAGAAUCGUGCCCCAUCAUUAGUGUCAGUGGGAGGAAUAGUGCCCCAUCUUUGGUGUCAGUGGGAAGAAAUGUGCCCCAUCAUUGGUGUCAGUGGGAAGAAACGUGCCCCAUCAUUGGUAUCAGUGGGAGGAAUAGUGCCCCAUCAUUGGUGUCAGUGGGAAGAAUCGUGCCCCAGCAUUGGUGUCAGUGGGAGGAAUAGUGCCCCAUCAUUGGUGUCAGUGGGAGGAAUAGCCCCAUCAUUGGUGUCAGUGAGAGGAAUAGUGUCCCAUCAUUGGUGUCAGUUGGAGGAACAGUGUCCCAUCAUUGGUAUCAGUGGGAAGAAU